AUGAAUUUAAAUUUAUUAACACCUUCAUCACCUUUUGAAACAAAUUCUUUUGAAAAAUUUGCAACAUUUUCUUUAAAUUCAGUCAAAGUUUUAUUCAAUUCUUUUAUUGACUCACAUUCUGAAAUUGAUAUAAUUUGUAAAAGUGCAACCUUGGAAGAUUCUACAAAUUCUACUCAUACAGCAGAGCCUUUCAAAAAAUUACUUAAAGCGCGUCAUGAAAAGAGUUACAAUAAACAUGUUGCUUCAACAAGUUCAACAACUAAAAACAAUGAAAGCAAAAAAUUGCUUUGCGAAUUACAUAUCCAAAUGCCUCGUAAUGAAUGCCAUAUAUUUUCAUUUAUAUUAAUUAAAACACGUGUUUUUCUUCUUUUUGAAUGGAUUGAAAAGCUUAAAUUAUUUCUUUUACUUGUUAAUAAUUUAAAUUCGAAUGAAUUUUCUUCAAAAAAUGGAAUUCAUUGUCGUAGUAGUUCAACAAAAACAAUUCAACAUCAAAAACAACAAAAAUAUUUUAAGAAUAAUUUAUCACAAGCAGAAUUAACCCAUUCAUCAUUAUCCACUUCAUCUUCUUCAACAAAUAUAAUUAAUCAAAAUAAAAUUAUUUCAAUGUUUAAAAUUACUUUAAAAGAUUGUGAAUUAAUUAUAUUAGAAGAUGAAAGUAAAUGUGACAGUUUUGCUUUAAUUACAAAUUGUAGUGGUGUAAUUUUAUAUAAUGUCUAUGACGAUAAUGAACUUUAUGAUAUACAAUGUGAAAUACAGGUAAAUAUAGGUUAA